UUGCCGAAUCCUGCCUUUCUCCGUCUUCGAACUCCGUGACAGAAAAUCACCCAUAUGGUGAUAAUGUGACGCUAAUCUCGUUAUCGCCCUUUUGCAUGUGCCGGCCUUCCCAUCACUGUCCUCUCUCUCUCACUCCCUCAGUUCCCUUCUACCAAACAACGGAACCGAAACUCCCUCUCUCUCUCUCUCUCUCUUAUUUCCUUUUAUUUCUCUUCCAUUGUUUUUCCGUUGCAGAAAUUCAACCAAAACAGACAAAUCUCCGAAAGAUACUCUUCUUCGUCUCCGACCUCAAAAUCUCACAGACCAAUCAAAUCGAUCCACCUCACCCACACCAAAUGAGAUCCUCCGCCACUACCGUUAUAACAACCGCCAAAGCCGUAAAUCCCCUUAUAACAUUCGAACACAAGAGGGAUGCAUAUGGAUUUGCGGUGAGACCUCAGCAUGUGCAAAGAUACCGAGAAUAUGCUAAUAUCUACAAGGAAGAAGAGGAGGAAAGAUCAGAUAGGUGGAAUGAUUUCUUGGAACGCCAAGCCGAGUCUGCUCAAUUGCCUAUCAAUGGAAUACCUUCAGAGGAAGGCAAGGAGGCCUCACAUACUGAAGUUGCAGACGAAUGGAACAAUGAAGUACAGGAGGGAGCUGUGGGAGAUGAUAUAUGUGAAAAGAAGGCUGAUUCUGAUAGUCUGUCUGACAAUGAUACAGAAAAACAGAAGGUACAGUCUGCACCGGAGAAAAGAGUUCAUCAGAUCCAAAUAUGGACUGAAAUUAGACCGUCCCUUCGGGCCAUUGAAGAUAUGAUGAGUAGUCGUGUAAAGAAGAAAGGCAGUUUAUCAAAAAAUGAGCAAGAAACCUGUCGAGGGAAGCCGUUAACUCCUACUGAAGCUGGUAGAAUCCCAAAGGGGGCAUCAGAGGAGGAUUCUGAGGAUGAAUUUUAUGAUGCAGAGAGAUCUGACGCAGUUCAGGAUGCCCCUACCAGUGACAGUGUGAGUACCACAACAGGUGCUGAUGCUGCUGCCAAUGCAGCUCCAACAGAACCUUUAUUUCCCUGGAAAGAAGAGUUGGAAGUUCUUGUUCGUGGUGGAGUGCCUAUGGCUCUUAGGGGAGAGCUUUGGCAAGCCUUUGUUGGUGUGACGACACGUCGAGUGGAGAAUUAUUACCAGGAUCUGCUUGCUAAUGAAACUAACUCUGGCAACAACACUGAACAACAGAGCUUCCAGUCAGAUAGUAAGGGUUUAUUCACAAAGUCCCUAUGUGGGCCUGAGAAAUGGAAGGGGCAGAUUGAGAAGGAUUUGCCCCGAACAUUCCCAGGUCACCCUGCUCUGGAUGAUGAUGGUAGAAAUGCUUUGAGACGGUUGCUUACAGCCUAUGCUCGACAUAAUCCCUCUGUUGGGUACUGUCAGGCCAUGAAUUUUUUUGCUGCCUUGUUACUCCUCUUGAUGCCUGAAGAAAAUGCCUUCUGGACUUUGAUGGGCAUUAUUGAUGACUAUUUUGAUGGCUAUUACUCGGAGGAAAUGAUUGAGUCUCAGGUCGACCAACUUGUUUUUGAGGUGUUGGUGCGCGAGAGAUUUCCCAAACUGGGUUUGUUUUUCAAUAUUUGUUCUUUUUUGUGUUUGAAAUUUCCCAGAUGUUCUCUUUUCAUUGCCUUUUUUUGGCAGUUUAUGAUUGACAUUUUUGUCUUUAUUGCAGUCAAUCAUCUAGAUUACCUGGGAGUGCAAGUUGCAUGGGUUUCUGGACCAUGGUUCCUUUCCAUUUUUAUGAACAUGCUUCCAUGGGAAACUGUACUUCGAGUCUGGGAUGUACUCCUGUAUGAAGGAAACCGCGUCAUGCUUUUUAGGACAGCACUUGCUUUAAUGGAGUUGUAUGGUCCUGCACUGGUUACAACUAAGGAUGCAGGUGAUGCAAUUACUUUGCUACAGUCAUUGGCCGGCUCAACAUUUGAUAGCAGUCAACUUGUAUUGACAGCUUGUAUGGGUUACCAAAAUGUAAAUGAAAAAAGAUUAUGUGAGUUAAGAGAGAAGCAUCGGUCAGCUGUAAUAGCUGCAGUUGAGGAAAGAUCAAAGGGGCUUCAAGCUUGGAGGGAUUCUCAGGGCCUGGCAUCUAAGCUAUAUAAUUUUAAGCAUGAUCCCAAGUCGAUGCUUACGGAACCAAAUAAGACAGGACGACUGGUUGAUUCACAAACAAAUGGGGAUCUCUCUUGUUCCGAAUCUGGAUCAACGAAUGCGGACGAAGUUCUUAUUAGUCUGACACGAGAUGCUGAGUUGGAUGCUGUUCCAGAUCUUCAAGAGCAGGUUGUGUGGUUAAAGGUUGAGUUGUGCAGGUUGCUGGAAGAGAAAAGAUCAGCUGUCCUCAGAUCUGAGGAGCUGGAGACGGCUUUGAUGGAAAUGGUUAAGCAGGAUAAUCGACGUGAAUUGAGUGCUCGGGUGGAGCAAUUAGAGCAAGAGGUUGCUGAGCUUCGAAAGACACUUUCUGAGAAGCAGGAACAAGAAAAUGCAAUGCUUCAGGUCCUAAUGCGGGUGGAGCAGGAUCAAAGGGUAACAGAAGAUGCUCGCAGAUUUGCUGAACAAGAUGCAGCUGCACAAAGAUAUGCUGCUCAAGUGCUUCAAGAAAAGUAUGAAGAGGCCAUUGCUUCGCUUGCCGAAAUGGAGAAAAGAGUGGUAAUGGCAGAAUCAAUGUUGGAGGCUACCUUACAGUACCAGUCUGGACAAAAUAAAGUUCAACCUUCUCCACGAUCAUCACAUCCAGAUUCACCAUCAUGCAGCAAUCAAGAGCCCCAACAAGAAAUCCCUACCCGGAAGAUUGGUUUACUUUCUCGACCAUUUGGACUUGGCUGGCGUGACAGAAACAAGGGAAAACCCAGUAAUGCUGAUGUGCCAAAUGAUGGGAAGCCCUCUAAUGAGGGUCAGAAUACUGAAAUCGAGCAGAAAGACAUUUAUGCCAAGGAAACGAAUGGCAAGGACGCGAACAGCGUCCAAGUUCAAGAUAAGAAGUGAGACUAUUGCCAGUUUGUCAUGUUAAUACCUGCAUACAUAUCCUUAAUUUUUGUUGCCUCUAAUUCUUCAUUCAUUGGCCUCUAGUCGAUAAUUUUUCAUUUACAUUGGCAAUUCAGGAGAGUAGUAGCUUUGCUUGUCUGUAAUUUUUGACUUGAAAACCGAUAUAAUGCUCAUAUCCAUAAUUGUUUGUUCGUUCAUUGGACAGUAAUAAUACUAGUUCGUAGUACUAAAGAUAGGGAAUCAACUGUAAGUAUAUGGUACGGGUUUUUUCUUUUUUUGGUAAUGUUUGCUUCUCUGUAGAUAUUUCAAAUCUUAGUGCAUAUUUUUCCAUUUGUAUAUUUCUGCACUCUCUUCUCUCUAACAGCUGACUUGAUAAGCCGUAUUAGAUUUUGUCUGAACAGAUCUAAGAUUAACUUCCGUCUUCACGUGGGAUUGAAAGCAUGAUAUAAGGGUAAGCAUUUUCCAUUCGUUCAAGAGGAUUACCCAAACCGUGGAGGGUAACUCCUUUCCUGGAGAGAAUAUAUUAUAGUUGUGAUUAGGGGUGAAAAAAGUCCAUACAAUGAGAAGCUUAUCAACCUUGAUUCGAAAUUUGUUAUUUGAAACU